AUGAUCAAUGAUAGCCACUUCAGUGGAUUUGUACUACUUGGAUUCACAGGACAGCCUCAGCUGGAAAUGAUCAUCUCUGGGGUUGUCUUUUUCUUCUACACCAUUGCCUUGAUGGGAAAUGCAGCCAUCAUCCUGCUGUCUUUCUUGGAUGACCAUCUGCAAAGCCCCAUGUAUUUCUUUCUUAGAAAUUUGGCCAUCUUGGAUCUUUGUUACACCACAAACAUAGUUCCACAGAUGUUGGUCAAUAUCUGGGGCAAAGACAAGACAAUUACCUUUGGUGGCUGUGCCUUUCAACUUUUCACUGAUAUGGUACUGUGCUCAGUUGAAUGCAUCCUUCUGGCUGUGAUGUCAUAUGACCGAUUUAAUGCUGUUUGCAAGCCUCUGCAUUAUAUGACCAUAAUGAACCCCCAACUCUGCCAAGGCCUUGUAGCUGUUGCCUGGGUAGUUGGUAUUAUUAAUUGCAUGAUACUUUCUCCCUAUGCCAUGAGUCUUCCUCGAUGUGGAAAUCACCACUUGGAUCAUUAUUUUUGUGAAAUAUCUGCAAUGGUGAAGAUUGCAUGUGUGGACACCACAGCCAUGGAGGAAACUAUAUUUGCAUUGUGUUUUUUUAUUUUCUUUACCCCACUUCUUCUUAUACUUGUUUCAUAUGGUUUCAUUGCUAUAGCUGUACUCAAGAUCAAGUCUGCAGCAGGAAGACAAAAAGCAUUUGGGACCUGUUCCUCACAUCUCAUUGUGGUAUCCAUCUUUUAUGGAACUGUUAUUUACAUGUACAUACAGCCAGGAAACAGUCCAAGUCAGCAUGAGGGCAAACUUCUCAGUAUCUUUUAUUCCAUUGUUACUCCUAGCUUGAACCCAUUGAUUUAUACACUAAGGAAUAAGGAGUUUAAGGGUGCCAUAAAGAGGCUGAUUGGAAAAUAA